AAACUUGGUAGAGAAACCAUAAUAGACUCACAGCCAUUCUGCAUUUCUCAGUUCAUAUUAUUUCUGUAGCUCUUGUGUUUGUGUUUCAUUUUUCAAAAUGGCCGGGGCACUCAUUGCCAUGGUUCUGGAACAAUUCGGUACAGUUGCUUUUGACCACAUAAAAGAAACUGUGAAGCCGAUUUUGAGUGCUGAGACAGAUGUUGAAAAUUUCAAGAGCAAUCUAAAAGCAAUUCAAACUGUGCUCGAGGAUGCUGAGAAGCAGCAAGUGGAGAAUGCUAGCGUGAGAGACUGGUUGGAUAAGCUGAAUGAUGUCUCUUACGAGAUGGUCGACGUGCUAGAUGAGUGGAACACUGAAAUUCUGAAACAGGAGGCAAAUGAAGUUGCUACUGAGGAAAAGAAAACCUCCAAGAGGGUACGUUUCUCCAUUCCCUAUUUAUUUUGUUCUGGCCCAGUUAAUGAGCCAACUCAUCUUCAUAAAAUAGCUACCGAGAUGAAAGGAUUGAAUGAAAAGCUAACUCUGAUUACUGCUCAGAAAGAUCAGUUUCAGUUUCAUCAAUCCUCAACUCGUAGGAAUGAUGAACAGCUUAAGCAACAGCCAAAAACUUCAUCAUUUGUCGAUAUUUCUAAAAUAUUUGGCAGAGAAGAAGCAGAAGCUAAUUUGUUAAGCAAGUUGUUGAGUGAUAGUAGUGAAGAAGGGAAAAGGGUCCUUGUCAUCCCUAUAGUGGGUAUGGGAGGGAUGGGAAAAACAACUCUUGCCCAAUUAGCCUACAACAAUGAAGAUGUAAAAACCUAUUUUGAAAAGAGAAUAUGGGUUUGUGUCUCAUAUCCUUUUGAUGGGGUGAAGAUUGCCAGAGCCAUUAUUAGUGGUACUGGUAAUAACGCCCCAAAUUCAGAUGAGUUGCAAGAUGUCUUGCUGCGUAUGUCUGAAUGUAUUAAGGAGAAAAAGUGCUUGAUUGUUCUAGAUGAUGUGUGGACCGAAGAUCAAAGAGAGUGGGAAAGUUUAAACUUACCAAUAAUAAUGCAAACUUGUGCUAAAGGUAGUAAAAUAGUGGUGACCACACGAAAAGAGAAAGUUGCUCAGAUAAUGGGAGCAACUACUCAAAUGAUCCAUUUAAAGAAGCUGAGUGAUGAAAAUUGUGUGGCAUUGUUUAGUAGCAUUGCAUAUUUGGAGAGGGAAGAAGAUGAGGCUAAUGGAUUUGGAGCUAUAGGUGAGAAAAUAGCCAAAAAGUGUAACGGCUUGCCACUUGCUGCAAAAACUUUAGGUGCUCUCAUGCGGUAUAAGAAGGAUAGGAGAGAUUGGCAGGAGGUGUUGGAUAGUAAGAUAUGGGAUCUAACUGUGGUUCAGCAAGAAGUUUUUCAACCACUUUUAUUAAGUUAUUAUGAGUUGGCUCCUGUAGUUAAGCGUUGUCUUUUAUACUGUGCUACAUUUCCAAAAGAUUAUCAAUUCAAGAAACACAAUUUGAUUGACUUGUGGAUGUCACAGGAUUAUCUUAGUGAGGAAAAAAUGGUAGGUCAAAAUGUUUUCGAUACCUUAGUAAUGCGAUCAUUUUUCCAGGAUGUUGUGAAAGAAGUAGAUAUUUUAGACAAGAGCAUUACUAUAUUUUGCAAAAUGCAUGAUAUUGUGCAUGACUUUGUGCAAUUCCUCAAUAAGAAUGAAUGCUUUACAAUGGAGGCUAAAGAAGUAGAUGGAAGAAAAACAGUAAUAAGUGAGAAGGUCCGUCAUUUGACGUUAAUGUUUGCACCCUUGGGUUCUUCACUUUCAGAUUUUAUUUCACCGGUCAAUUGGAAAAAGCUACGUACUCUUGCAACUUUUGCUUCAAAUAACAGGAGCAUAUGUAUAAAAGGAAUCUCACAACUGAAAUAUCUGAGGACCUUAAAUUUGAGCUGCAACGACAUUAUAGAACUUCCAGAAGAGAUAGGUGAAUUGAUACAUUUGAGGUAUCUCGACUUGUCUGAAAAUUAUCAUUUGAAGAAACUACCGGACAGUGUGGGAAAUUUAUACAAUUUGCAAACCUUGUGUCUUACUAAGUGCUUUCGUCUUAGAGCACUGCCUGAAAAAAUGGGGAACUUGAUUAAUUUAAGACAUCUUCAUACCGAGCGUUGUGUUGGGCUGGAGUAUUUGCCGAGAGGUAUGGCGAGAUUAACAAGUCUGCAAACACUAAAUACUUGUCCUGUUACUAGUGAUAGUGGCCCCGGUAAAGGCUUGAAAUUAGGAGAUCUGGGAAGCUUCGACCAGCUUCAGGGUAGUCUCAACAUUCAUAUCGAUGGGAAUUUGGAGGAUACGAGUGAGGCGCAGAAGGCUCGCUUGUGGAAUAAAAAGCUUCAUUAUUUGGGGCUAUCGCUUCAUUAUUUGAACCAUGUACAAGUCCUGGAGGCGUUACGGCCGCAUCAAGAUCUGGAAAAUUUACAGAUUGCUUCGUAUCUUGGCACCACCGCGCCCAGUUGGAUGAUAUCCUUACAGAAUUUGAGAUUCCUUUUUCUUGGGGCUUGGGUUGGAUGCGAAUUUUUGCCUCCUUUUGGGAAAUUGUCGUUCCUUGAAGAACUAGAAGUAUCCGAAAUGGGCAAAGUGAAGACGGUUGGAGAUGAAUUUUUAGGAAUAACGGGCACUCAAACAUCAUCAUCCUCUGUUUUCUUCCCAAAAUUGAAACAACUCACCUUCGAAUUCAUGUGGGAGUGGAAACAGUGGGAAGGAGUUGGAGGGUGGACAGAAAACGGUGGUGAUGAAAUUACAAUUAUGCCAUGCCUUGUUUCCUUCACAAUUUACCACUGCCCUAAGCUGAUGAACCUGCCACUCUUCCUGCAAAAGACACCGGUCAGGAACGUUGUUAUCAGGGAAUGUCGUCGGAGUAUUAAAAUGCCAGUCUGGCCCGAGAACUGUGACGUCAAAAUUUCUGAAGAGAGGGAGGAUCCGGAUGUUACUGAGAGGGUUGAAACAGAGACACAGAGAGAUGAGGAGAUCACCAUCAUCACCUGAAACUUCAAAGCUUAAAGACUGCGACUGUAAAUAUGUGAUUCAGAGAAGGAGUUGGAUUGUUCUUCCACAGAAAGCAGCUGCAGGUCUUAGGAGACAUGGCAAUGAGUUACAGAUUAAAUGAUGCCUCAACUAUCUCACUUUCUUUUCCUAAGAAAAUGUUCCCACAACACCCUUUUAGUUAGGUCAGACCUCAGAGUAGCAGUGGAUGAGCAGAACAUGACACUCAUGUAGUCUUGAUGGCAAUGCAGAAGUAUGGAGACUCCAAGAUUGCAUCAAAGUUGUCAAGCCGGUGAUUAAUCAUUAAUCCGAUGAGGGGGAAUGGAUGAUUAUCAAGCAGCAUACGUCAUCAACCAAAGUUGUAUCAUCUGUUUUGGCAUCCAUUCGUCUAAUUGUUUCCAUCAGAUGGGAUUUUCACGGCAUGAAAGCAAGGGAAGAGUGAACGGGAUCCAAGGCCUGAAUUAACAUAGUUUCAGGCUUCGACCAAGUCAACCCAAAGACCAUGAGCAUGACCAAAAGUCUCAGUCAAUUCACUUUCAAGUUCUGCCAAGUCCAAAGGCUCCAUGAGGUUCUGGAGAGGGUAGAAGAAAAGAGUGUCCCAAGCUUACGAAAUGUCCAAAUUCAAGAUGCAUGGUUAUAACAAGAUGGAUGGCCAUUGAAGUAUCAUUGUAUGUUGAUCAUACAAUGGUCAACCAUCGAAGGAUUUGGUUAUAACUUAUAACAAUAUCUGGUUGUAUUUCUUCUAGUUGCAAAAAAUUAUGCAAAGUUAUGCUCACCCCUCGAAGUUGCAGUGGCUGGUUUCCUCAAGACAUGAUGACUAUCCGUUUAUAAGCAGGCCAGAGUGCAGAAAGGAAUUGAAUUGGUGCUGUCAUGCUGAUUAGUGCAAUGGUAAAUUGAUUUUAUGCUUGCAUUCUGGAAUCCAUUUGACUGAUUGAUGUAGAUGCUUUUAGAGUUUUACCUUAACUAGUUAGUGGCUGAAGCUUUUCUGGCCGUGGAACACUGGAAAGAAUACAUACAUCUGCAUGCCCCAAUGUGUAAAUUGAAAUCACUUUCGAGAUUCAAUCAAGUGACACAAACGCUAAAUGAGGGAAUGGCAUGCAUAGGCUUUUCAACUCUGUAGUGGAAGCUGAAGUGGCUGUUGAGAAUUUCAAACUUGCUGCUCCAUCAAAUCACCAGCAUAUCACUUGUGGCUGAACUGAUCUCAUUUGCACGAGCAACUCUUCAAAAGUGAUCUAUUGUCCGCUUGCUGAGAUGCAUAAACUCCACACUUUCUUAUCGAGUUGGACUAGUACUCGUGAAUGAAGCUAAUAGCACUGCUGAUUAUGCUGCAAAUAAGCUUGCUAGAAAGAGGAUGUGCACUGAAUGUGGAGUGCAUCUCCCCAUGAACCUCCAACUUCUCUGUGUUUACAUUGUAUUCAUUUUUUCUUUAAUGAAGUACAAUUUCAGACCAGAACUAAAAUGGCUGUAAUAGUUGUAUUACCAAGACACUAGUGUAAGGCAAGACCAAGAGACCCAACACAAUUAGAAGUGCUAGUUAUAUUGCCGGAACUCAACUUUUGAUAGGAAGAGUUCAUAUUUGGCCAGAGAGUUUGGUCUUGGUCUUUUGUGAUUACUUUAACCAGAACAAGUGACAUUAUACUGAUAAUUUACAUAUGAUCUGGUAGAAAACCAUUUUUUUUUUA